AUGCUGCUGUCGCCCGAGCUUCUCGAGGCCAUUGCAACGUACGUGCCUGUCGACGGCAUGGCGGCGUUCCUCGAGGCGCUUCCGAAGCAUCUGCGCACGCCGGCACUGCAACUCGCCACGACGCUGUCGCAUGCGCUCGGGCUCAAAGUCCUUUGGCCGACGCUUGACGUUGCUUCUCUUACGCAGCUUGCGAAUGCUGACAACGUGCUCGCCCAGCUCCUGAUCGUCAACCCGCGCCUUUGCAUCGAAUCGGCCAUCGCACUGCCCGUUGUGCCGGUGGUCGCUACGCUGCCGCGCGCGUGGCCGACACUGGACCCGACCGUCCAGCAAGUGUUCCUCGCCAAUGCGGCGUCGCUCCGAUCCAUCGACGUCUGUUUCUCGGCGCGGCCGAUCCCGCCUCCGGACGAGCGAUACGUGACGCAAAGCGCGAUUCUCACAGCGCUGGCGGACCUCCUCGUCUCGAUGCGCCGCGUGACCAAGCUUGCGCUGCGCGGUGCGUUCAAGGUGCGCUUUCCAGACGAGGCAGCUGCAACGCUCGCCGCAUGGAUCCGAGCGACGCCGCUCACGUCGCUCACGAUGAGGAACGUGGACGAGGUCUCAUCCGCUCAACAACUGUGGGCAAAACCAACAUGUGCCUCCUCUCUUGACACGCGGCUUCAACAAGGCAGCGGGUCGACCUUGUCGCGCCACCUGACGCACCUCGACCUCCAGCUUCUGCCACCCUCCGAAAUGAGCUACGUGGUCGGGAGGCUCGUGAACAGCGCACUCGUGUCGCUGCACGUGCGUGCUUCGAGCGAGAUGCAAGGCCCGGACGGUCCUGAUGAGCAGUGCUUUCUUGACGACGACCUCCCGCGUCUGACUCGGCUCACGACCUUGCGAUUGACCAACAUCCACCUCUCGACAACCCACUGCCUCACGCUCGCACUCCUCCUACCGCGCUACUUGCACCUCGGCCUCACGUCCAACAAGCUGCGCGACGCCGGUGUUCUUGCCCUCGCGCCAUUCCUCCGGCAUGCGUCGCACCUCGAGACGCUCUCGCUUGUCAACCAAAGCUUUGGUGAUGUUGGCGCAUCGGCGCUCUCAACUGCGCUGGUACACACACACCGUCUGCGCACACUGGACCUCAGCGGCAACACCAUCGAGCGCGUAGGCGCCAAGGCGCUGAGCUGCCUCCUCGCACAUCUUCCGCGGCUGGCGACUGUGCGCUUGCAAGGCAACCCGCUGGGUGCAAGCGGCGACGUUGCACUCUUGCUCGCGUAG